AUGGAGAGCAAAACACAAACUUGCAAGAAGAGCAGAGGUAGUGGUGUAACUCCUUGGACAGCAGAGAUAAUGGAGCAGAGGGAGAAAGACAUGCAUGCCAAAAAACAAAGCAUAGCCAAGGACAGCAGAGGUGGUGGACAGUUAACUCAUAACUGCAAGGCUAGCGACUACCAAUGGUCCACUUUAUUAAUUCUCAUAGUUCAGACUGCCGCAGUGGUAGUAGGAACUAUUGCUACUACAGUUACGUGGUUCAAGGCUCUAAGAUAUAUAAGGAAAGCUUCUAGACUUAGGAGCAACAAUACAAAUAGGAGAUUCCAUGUAGAAGGGUACUGGACUGAGAGUCUAUUUCUAAUGAAAGAAAGGCCUCUUGGCUUUCAUAUUCAUAACAAAUGGUUCAGAAAGAAGGCCCAUGAUGCAAAAGUGCUUUUGUUCCGGUUAUUAAUUAAGCUACAGAAAGGGAUUGUGCUGAUCAACAAAGUGACCCAGUUCAUUUCCACAAUCCUCUUGUACUUUAUGUUAGCAGCUCGUGAUUAUUGCAGUAAUGUCUCAAGUACUAGCUCAAUAACAGAGCCACAGUCUGGCCCAGAUCUAAGGCGUUUUGUUCUACAUCUUGAAGGAGAGGAAGAAUUAGUUGAGGUGAUGAUGAAAGACAUUCACAAAACAACUAAUCAAUUGUUUCAUGUAGGAGAGAAAAAGGAGCCAAAACAUGUCAUUGAACUAAUAACAGAGAAGAGUUCUAUCUUGGAAGGAUUUAAGAGGGUGACAACAUUUCACAAUGACCAAGUUUCCUCUUUGCACAAUGAGAAAACUACACCAUAUGGUUGGGCACUUCCAAACAUGGACAUGCUUUUAGUGAAGAAGUUCAUAGGAGCCCUAAGUGAAGGGCUCUACUAUGUGAAGUUCAUAGAGUGUAACAUUGACAAAAAAGGGAAAUUGAUCAAAGUCAAGAGAGCAGCGAAAACUAUGUGGCAUGGAGUUGAUCUAUAUGGUAAGUGGCUAGAUGUGGACCUUUAUAAACUCUCCCAUCAAAGUAAAAGCCCCAGGGAGACAUUAGAGACACUAGCUGAAGAUGCAGGGAAAAGGUAUGGCAAGUAUAAAACCAAGUAUAGAGACAUAUGCAAUAGAGAACCACCUUCAUCAUGGCCUAUUGAAGUAUUGGCAUCUAAUGCAAUGUAUAGAAUAAGCCAAACUGUUUUAUUAAAUUAUGGAAGCAUUGAAGAUCUUAGGAGUGAGAUAUUGUUUGAAGAACUAACAGGAACGAUAUCUGAUAUAUUGGGUGCAUAUUUCACUAACUUACCCUAUGCUAUAUCGGCCAAGUGCUCCAACAGCACUGUUGCAGAGAGAAAGGAUAGUGUUAGAGAUGCAGUUGAAAUGCUUGGACGAACAAAGAAGAUUAUAGAAUUGCUGGCAGAAAAGAUUCCCACCGUGGACUUCAGCCAAAGUACUACCAUUGAAUACUGGCUUAUGAUGCAUAUGCGAAAAAACAACACUUUUUAGUCAUCCACAAAAAUUUGAUCAAAUAUCAUUAUUUUGUGCAUUUUACCGUAUUUGUAUUAGCUUAAAUAUUUUCUUAGGUUUAUAAUUAUACAAUUAAUAGAAAAAUAUUUGGGGCCA